AUGGCGAUGAAGAUGAACCAGAACCAGUGCCUCUCUUGCAAUGGAAUGGUGGUCGUCCAAGAAUCUAUCAAGGUGCAGCAUUUAGUGGUGAGGCCUAUUGAAGAGAUUUAUCCUGUUUGGCCUGGAGAGAAUGCUGUGUAUGGGGAAGGUGUAGGUGCUAAUAAGCUGGUGGAUAAUCUCCUGCAUGAUAUUAUUAAUGGUGGUUUAAAAGAAAGUGAUUUUGGUGACCCGGAGAUUGGGAAGAAAACUGGAAAGAGGAAGAAGGAAGUGGACAGUGAGGAUGAUUUUGUUGACCCACCUAAGAAGAGAAAAGCAGAGACAGAGAAACGCAUAAAGAAGAUAGGUAAUAGUGGGAAGCAAUUAAGAGAUGUGAGUGAUGAUAGUGGGGAAGAGGUUCUGGAGAAACAAGGAAUGGAGAGACUUUUUAAGAUGAUAGGCAGUUUGUCUGAAGAAAUGAAAACAUUGAACACCAAUUUUGUGGCUGGGCUUGAGAAAGUAGACCUAAAAUGCGAAGGGCUGAAGAAGAGUGUGACAGAUCUGCAGGAUGAUGUGGAGAAGCUGAGGAACAAGGCAGAAGAGAAGAAUGAUGAGAACGAAGAAGAUUCUGCAAAUGGUUCAGAAGAAGGCACAGGAACCAACUCUGAGUCAUGGCAUAAGCAGGAGAAGCAGACUUCUCAAGAAGGUUAUCCCAUUUCCGUAGUCGUCAGGAGGGAAAAGGAAAAGGGUAAGGGUAAAAGGAAAGCAGGUUCAAAGAAAUCAAAGAUAACAGAAUGUGUUGACCCAACGAAGACGUCCAAGAAGUUGUUUAUGGAGGAAGAUUCAGGGAGCAUGUCACCUUUGGUAAAGGAUCCAAAAGGUGGGUUAAUGCGUGACUCUGUAAUGCAUAAUCUGAUUGGUGAAACGUCAUCUCCUGCUAAACAAUUCAAGCCCUUCUCUGAGGCUGAUUGGGAUAGAAGAGAUACAGGAUCUACAGCGGGAGUGAUAACUAAGUCGAUGUUGCAUAAGCAGAAUACUUUUCCCCUUGGCAGAUGCAUAAAAAAGGAACCACCAUCACCCAAAAAGUCAAAGUUGACUCCUUUAUCUGAGAAGAAAAAAACAAAACCUGAUUUGGUCUCAGAGUGGUCUCAUUCUAAAGAGAAUGAUAAAGAGAAGAACUCAACAGCCGGACUAGACAAGUUGGUAGUCUUCUGUGGUAAAGAAGAUUAUGUUGAUCGUCCAUGUCGGUCUAGAAACCUUGCUUCUACCCAGCUGGACCCAUUUGUUGGGAGUUCAAUAGUUAAGCGGAUUAUGAGUGGUAAAAUCCUUUCUCCUGCAGCUUAUGAUCCUUUUGAACCGGUCAGUCCUGAAAAGAUGGAUAAGUUAGAAAAAUUCAUUGACCAUGAGCUGUAA